AUGUCUGCUUGUCGGAGACUGUUUUACCUGGUUAAACACCGGAGCCUGUGGAUACAUCUCCGGAGAAAUGUCACCACAUGGUCGCCAGUUGGAGCUGCUUUCAAUACCAAGCCUCACAGGAGGCUGGAUCUGCUGGAGAAAAACGUGGGUUUGUUUGGGGUGCCAGAGCUGACCUGUCCUGCAGGCUUCCAGCUCGCCACAAAAACAGCUCUGAAGAACACAGAGAAACUGGUGGAGAAGGCUUGCUCGUGUCCCCCAGGAGCUGAGACAGUGGAGACUUUUGACCAGCUCUCAGAUGGCUUAUGUAAAGUAGCCGAUCUGGCAGACUUUGUGAAAGUAGCUCAUCCUGAUCCUGCGUUUCGUGAAGCUGCAGAGAAAACCUGUAUGGAAAUCGGUACGGUUGUGGAAAAACUAAAUACUAACGUCGAGUUAUGUAAGAGUCUGAAGAAUUUGCUGGACGAUCCAGACAUCGUAGCUCAGUUGGACCCAGACACGAGGCGGGUGGCAGAGUUGUUCAUGUUUGACUUUGAAAUUAGUGGAAUUCAUCUGGAUGACAAACUGAGGAAAGAGGCCGUCAGCCUUCACGUGAAACUUUUGGAUCUGAACAAUGAGUUUCUGAUCGGUUCUCAUGUGCCAAACAGAAUUGCAAAGUCUGCAAUUCCUGAGCAUCUGCACAUACACUUUCUCAAGGAAGGGAGCUUCGUUCAAGUGGGGGGCUUACAUGCAGAUUCCCCUGAUGAUUUGGUGCGGGAGAUCGCCUACAGGAUUUACCUCUAUCCAAACGCAGACCUGAUGAACUGUCUGGAGGAGCUGCUGAGGUGCAGAUACAAGCUGGCCAAGCUGGUGGGCUACGAGUCCUUCGGACACAGAGCCCUGAAGGGAACCAUGGCCAAAACACCAGAAACCGUAAUGAGUUUCCUGAAGCUGUUAACAGACAAGCUGUCACACAGAACAGCAAAAGACUUUCAGAUGAUGAGGGACAUGAAGAAGAAAAUCAACCCUCGUAAUUCAGAGCUGAUGCCGUGGGAUCAUCCUUACCUCAGUGGUGUUCUGCGUGCUGAAAGGUUCAACAUCGAGCCCAGCCUGUACAGCCCGUACCUGUCUCUGGGCGCCUGCAUGGAGGGUCUGAACAACCUCUUCUCUCAGCUCUACGGCGUCUCCCUCAUGUCUGAGCAUCCCAGUGCGGGAGAGGUGUGGAACGAGGACGUCCGCAAGCUGGCUGUCGUGCAUGAGUCGGAGGGUUUACUUGGGUAUAUUUACUGCGACUUUUUCCAUCGUCCAGAUAAACCUCAUCAGGACUGUCACUUCACCAUCCGCGGCGGCCGCCGCUGCCAGGAGUCGGGUCAGUACCAGCUGCCGGUGGUGGUGCUGAUGCUGAGCCUUCCUCACCCCACCAAGAGCGCGCCGACGCUACUCACCCCCGGCAUGAUGGAGAACCUCUUCCACGAGAUGGGACACGCCAUGCACUCCAUGCUGGGGCGCACUCGCUACCAGCACGUCACAGGAACCAGAUGUGCGACUGAUUUUGCAGAAGUGCCAUCCAUCCUGAUGGAGUACUUUGCCACUGACUAUCGAGUCAUCAGUCAGUUUGCACGUCAUUACCAAACCGGACAGCCUCUCCCUGAGAGCAUGGUGGCUCGCCUCUGCGAGUCGAAGAAGGUGUGCGGAGCUGCAGACACCCAGCUGCAGAUUUUCUACGCGGUCUUGGACCAGAUCUACCACGGCAAACCUCAGAACUGCUCCACCACCGAAACCCUGAAGAACAUGCAGCAGAAGUUCUACGGUUUGCCCUAUACGCCCAAUACGGCCUGGCAGCUGAGAUUCAGCCAUCUGAUUGGCUACGGAGCCAAGUACUACUCUUACCUGAUGUCUCGGGCCGUGGCCUCCAUGGUGUGGAAGCAGUGCUUCGUUCAGGAUCCGCUCAACAGGGACAUGGGUGAGCGUUACCGUCGGGAAAUGUUGGCUCACGGCGGAGCGAAGGAGCCCAUGCUGAUGGUAGAGGGCAUGCUGCAAAGACGGCCGUCUAUCGAGGACUUUGUGGACGCCUUGGUGUCUGAGCUCAACCCCAACUUUGAGACCUUCCUCAUGGACUCGGAAAGCUGAAAGUCGGCUGCAUGAAAUAUGGACUCUGCCGUGAGGAGGCUGCUGAACCGACACACGAGAGAGAGGCUUCUCUAAACCAGCGACUCCGCUUCGUCUGCCAACGAAUGACCGACUUUUUGUACCGACGAUCUCUUUCAGAGCCACGUUAAUUUAAUAUAUAUUUGUCUCCCAUCCUCUUGUCAGUAUAAGUGAAUGAAGUCAAGAAUGAAACACUUUCUAUUAACCCAGAAACAGAAUAAUAAGCUCUACUUGCCGACUGUUGCAGAUGGUGUUCUCUCCUUCUUUUAAUGCUUUCCCGAGAUGUUACAAUUGUUUUAAUUUCAUUCACUUCUCCCACCGUCACGCCCCCACGCUUCAAGCUUCAACUUCAGAAUGUUGCCUUUGUUUCUUUUCAGUUUUCAUCACUUCACCGAGCUGCUGUAUUGCUAAUAUCCCCUCAUUAAACGUCCAUCCUCUGCUCUCAGAGCUGCAGCUCAUUGUUUUCCUCGGUUAAAUCAGCACGAGGAAGAAUACUUAAUCUGGCCUUCCUGUCAUGUGCUCAUUGUUUAGGCUUUAAAUUAAUGCUGCUCCAUCUGUUUUGACUGCCAGGAGUUUCAGGGGGCCGAGAGAGAAACCCACAGCUCGCUUUUUUUUUCUUUUCUCCCCCAAAAGCACAGUACAAAGUUGAUCUCAGUUCUGGUCUCAUUAUGAUCUGCUGCAGCAGUCAGAUGUGCUCAAGUCUUUCACGUGUCUUAUUCCAUGCCAUGUCUCGCUGUGAAGCGGGACGGAAUGAGCUAGUUUUUUCACAUUUACACCAGAAAUCUGCCGUUUGUUUUAGCUUGUAGUCGUCGGCUGGACUGAGAGGGGAAGACGAGCUGGCUGCUCGGCUGUGUGAGACGAUCCAGCUCCAGUUAAACCAAAGGCAGGUUUUAUCAGCAGAGACUCUAAAUCAAGUGAAGCGCAGAAUUCAUGUAAAGUUUUGUCAUUUUCAUUGUAAUUUCACACAUUGUCAGGUCUGCACAGGGAAAAAUUCAGGACAAGAAAUACCCUAAAAUUUGUACUAUGACUAUUAUGUAGAUUGAAUUAUAUUCAGUUUUAAGUCAAAGUGCUGUUAAUGAUUCUUGACCAAAAAUAGAAACUAUUCAAAGUAUUACUUUCUUUUUAUACCAGGAAACCAAUUUUGUGCAGCGGUUUUCAAACUCUACCUUCACAUUUCUCAGAUAAAUGAUAAAACGUCUACAACUGACGCAAUGAAGAAAUGUAAAGCUGGAAUUUCCUCUGUUGGAAGAAUAAACCUAUUGGCUACAAAAAAAAAAAAAGGUUUAAAGACGGACUCAAACGGUGAGUGUACUCGGUCAUGACGCGACAUUAAAAGGGGCUGAGAA